AUGGAAGAGACGGUAGCUCUGGGCGCACGUACUAGGGGCGCGAAGCCGCUGGCGGCGGUUGGGAUUUGGGCAGUCAGUGUAGUUCGCGGAGUGCAGUUCUCGGGAGUCGAGAGGACAUGUCUCCAGCUUUGCUCCACGCCAAACAUGGCCAUCACGAGGAACAUGUCCUCCUCUCCAGCUAGCGCGCACAACACAGCAAGCAGUAGAACCUGCAUGCACUCAUCAUACCACUCGUAGCGGAUUCUACCUCGCGCAAGGCGCGCCAUCCCCUCGCUCCGUGUCGGGUGCUGUGAUGAGGGAGCGCGACCGUUGGGUUUCCCGGCGGUGCAGCGGUGCAGCUGGGGUUGAAUGUUUUUUAACUUGAGGCUGCGCCGCUGCUGGCCUUCGCCAGGCAACGUGCGGCGGAAUAUUUUUUCGUGUCAGUUUACCACCCGUUACCUUUUUUGGCGUCAAUUUGCCAACCGUCACUCUUUUUGGUGUC